GGAAGCGGAAGUGUGUCCCUUCCUUUCCGCUCCUAGCAGCCGAGAGCCGUAGCGGUGAGCGCGGGUUGGGGGCUCUGUGGUAUCCGCCGCCAUCCGAGGCCGUGUUGGAACGAGCUGAGCCCGGCCCGGAGCCAUGCCUCGCAAGAUUGAGGAGAUCAAAGACUUUCUGCUGACGGCCAGGAGGAAGGAUGCAAAGUCUGUCAAGAUCAAGAAGAACAAGGACAAUGUGAAAUUCAAGGUGCGCUGCAGCCGGUACCUGUACACCCUGGUCAUCACAGACAAGGAGAAGGCAGAGAAGCUGAAGCAGUCCCUGCCUCCAGGUUUGGCUGUGAAGGAGCUGAAGUGAAGUGUUUGCACCUAGAUUUCUCCACAUUUAUCACAAUAAAAAAUGGAACUGUU